CAGGACUUGGACCAUCAGCAGGCUCGUGGUGGGGGUGGUGCUGCCACCAUCUCUAUAUAGGGAGCUGAGCCAGGUGCCCAGAGCUGUCCUGUGGCAUCUCAGCAUGGCUCGGGCAUGGGGAAUACCCGUUGCACUGGGGUUGUUGGGCCUGUGGUGGUCUCUGGCUGUUGCCCACCCUCUUCCUCCGGACGGUACCCCUGGGAACAGGACCGAAGGAGGGAGUGGGACCAGAGUGAACCCAGACGUGACCGAACUCUGCUUGGAUGGCUGGAGCUUUGAUGCUACCACCCUGGAUGAACAUGGGGCCAUGCUGUUUUUUAAAGGGGAGUUUGUGUGGAAGAGUCACAAAUGGGUCCGGGAGUUAAUCUCAGAGAGGUGGAAGAAUUUCACCAGCCCCGUGGAUGCCGCAUUCCGCCGUGGUCACAACAGUGUCUUCCUGAUCAAGGGAGACAAAGUCUGGGUGUAUCCUCCUGAGAAGAAGGAGAAAGGCUAUCCGAAGUUGCUCCAAGAAGAGUUUCCUGGAAUCCCAUCACCGGUGGAUGCAGCUGUGGAAUGUCACCGUGGGGAAUGCCAAGAGGAGGGUGUCCUCUUCUUCAAAGGUAACCAAACGUGGUUCUGGGACUUGGCUACGAGAACCAAAAAGGAGCGCUCUUGGCCAGCUGUUGGGGAAUGCUCCUCUGCCCUGUACUGGCUCAGCCGCUACUACUGCUUCCGGGGUAACCAGUUCCUGCGCUUCCACCCCAUCACGGGAGAGGUGCUUCCCAAGUACCCUCUGGAUGUUCGAGACUACUUCAUACCCUGCCCUGGCAGAGGCCAUGGACACAGGAAUGGGACGGGCCAUGGGAAUGAUACCCAUCGUGGCCAUGGGGCUAUGCGCUGUAGCCCAUAUCUAGUCUUGUCUGCACUGCUGACUGACAACCAUGGUGCCACAUAUGCCUUCAGUGGGUCCCACUACUGGCGUCUGGACACUAGCCGGGAUGGGUGGCACAGUUGGCCCAUUGCCCAUCAUUGGCCCCAGGGUCCUUCAACAGUGGAUGCUGCCUUUUCCUGGGACAAUAAAGUCUACCUAAUUCAGGGCACUCAGGUAUAUAUCUUCCUGACAAAGGGAGGCUAUACUCUAGUAGAUGGUUAUCCAAAGAGGCUGGAGAAGGAAUUUGGGAGCCCUCAUGGGAUCAACCUUGAGGCUGUGGAUGCAGCCUUUACUUGUCCUGGGACUUCUCUGCUCCACAUUAUGGCAGGACGGAAGCUGUGGUGGCUGGACCUGAAGUUAGGACCUCAAGCCACGUGGACGGAGCUUCCUUGGCCCCAUGAGAAGGUUGACGGAGCCCUGUGUAUGGAGAAGUCCCUUGGCCCACAUUCAUGUUCUGCCAAUGGUCCUGGCUUGUACCUCAUCCAUGGCUCCGAUCUGUACUGCUACAGUGAUGCGGAGAAACUGAGCACAGCCAAGACCCUUCCCCAGCCCCAGAAAGUGGGGAGCCUCCUGGGUUGCAAUCAUUGAGAGGAGGGCUCUUAAGAUGAGUCUGGCGCAGCUCCUUCUCCGUUUUCCUCACAAUAAAGCCAGAGUGCUUCUUUG